CCAGGCAAUAGUACUUACCGUCUCUCGGUAAGAACGAUAGUCAACAUGUAUCAGAUUGGCAAUAUCUACUUCAUCACGGCCAUCGCCGUCAUCGGUGGUGGCCUGUUUGGUUUCGAUAUUUCGUCCAUGAGUGCCAUCAUUGGUACUGACCAGUACAAAUGCUACUUCAAUGAGGGAGACGGCCCUCCGAAUUGCUCUGGCCCUCAUUCAGACACACAGGGUGGCAUCACCGCUUCAAUGCCUGGUGGUUCCUUCGUCGGUGCCCUCGCCUCCGGUUUUUUGACCGAUAUUUUUGGUCGUAAGCGAGCCAUUCAAAUCGGUGCUAUCAUCUGGUGCAUUGGUUGCAUCAUUGUGUGCGCCUCUCAGAACAUUGGCAUGCUCGUGGCUGGCCGGUUCAUCAACGGUGUCAGUGUAGGCAUUUGCUCAGCUCAAGUCCCCGUGUAUGUUGCCGAACUUGCUCCUCCCAGCAAACGUGGUCGUGUCGUCGGUGCCCAGCAGUGGGCGAUCACAUGGGGUAUUUUGAUCAUGUUCUAUAUCUCGUAUGGCUGCAGCUUCAUUGACGGACCUGCGGCGUUCCGUGUUCCAUGGGGGUUGCAAAUGAUUCCUGCUAUCAUUCUCGGUUUCGCACUCUUCCUUACUCCCGAGUCUCCCAGAUGGCUGGCUCGUAAAGACCGUUGGGAGGAGUGCCACGCGGUUCUAGCUCUCGUCCAUGCCAAGGGUAAUCGAAAUGCCCCAUUUGUCCUGAAGGAGCUCCAAGAAAUCCGCGAAUUUGUCGAGUUCGAGGCACGUAAUAAGGAUGUAUCCUACCUCGAGCUGGUCAAGCCAAACAUGAUCUACCGGCUCCACGUUGGUGUCUUUACCCAGAUUUGGAGUCAGUUGACAGGCAUGAACGUGAUGAUGUACUAUAUUACUUACGUCUUUGGCAUGGCUGGCUUAACGGGCAAUACCAACUUGAUCGCCAGCAGCAUUCAAUAUGUGAUCAAUGUCGGCAUGACCAUUUUUGCGCUCGUCUUCAUCGACCGCUGGGGACGCCGAUGGCCUCUAUUGAUAGGGUCCACCUUCAUGGGUAUCUGGAUGUGGGCGAAUGCUGGUCUCCUUGCCUCCUACGGCAAGCCAGCACCGCCGGGAGGAGUUGACGGCGUCCCCGAAGAAUCCUGGCAAAUCCAUGGCGCGCCGGCAAGAGCAGUCAUCGCCUGCACAUAUCUCUUCGUCGCCUCAUUCGCCCCUACUUGGGGGCCGGUAUCAUGGAUAUAUCCGCCGGAGUUGUUCCCUCUCCGAGUUCGAGGCAAGGCUGUUGCCGUCACCACUGCUUCUAACUGGAUCUUCAAUUUUGCUCUGUCGUACUUUGUCCCCCCUGCAUUUGAAAACAUCAAGUGGAAGACUUAUCUCGUCUUUGGUUGUUUCUGCACUGCCAUGACCAUCCACGUCUUCUUCUGCUUCCCCGAGACCGCUGGUAGGACUCUUGAAGAAGUUGACGAGAUCUUCAGUAGCAAUAUCAAGCCAUGGAACACUCACGUGGACUUUCACCGCGUCAGGAGGGAGGAACAGGGUGAGGUCGACCUGGAGAAGAAGUUGAGUCUGGGUGGUCACCACCAUGAGAACAAAGUCCAUGAUGUUGCUGAAGGCGCUCCGCAAACCCACCAAGUGGAGAAGCAUGAGGCUGCGUGAGUCACCUCGACGGAAAGGCCCAGCUCGUCUUGAUCCCGACGGCAAGGGAGCUGGCGACACUUGAUAGCAUGUCACAGUUGCCCACAAAAAGGGGAGGCCGCAAGGGGGGCAACCAGGGGACGACCUGUCUUUGAAACCGUGGUCCUCAGUGUCUGAGGAACGUCGGAGCGAGAAUAUCAACCAGAAUGCUAAGAGACUUGAGUAUAUGAGUUAGCUAUAUUAGUUCGUGAUCUUGAGAGAUCAUGAAAUGAACAACCGUGCACCGCA